AUGUAUGCGCUCGUGAUAUUUAAUAUAGUAUUGUGUAAUGCACUGGAUGUGAAUUUUAAUUCCAGUGCAUCUAUAUGCAACGCCACGAAGUUGAUCCAGCAGGGUAUACUAGACUACUAUGAGGGGCUGAGGCCGGGCGGUAGGGUAGGCUUUUUUCAAGAACCCUACUAUUGGUGGAUGGCCGGGGAUGUCUUUGGGGGGAUGGUAGAAAAUUGGUACCUAUGCGACAACACGGAGUACAAGGACUUGCUAACCGAAGCAAUGGUAUCUCAAAUAGGCGAAAAUAAGGAUUAUGUGCCAUGGCACCAGAGAAUGGUGGAGGGCAACGAUGACCAGGGCAUCUGGGGGCUGCUGGUUAUGGACGCGGCUGAGAGGGAUUUCCCCGAUGCGCCCCCGGACCAAGCUCCAGGCUGGCUGGCUCUUGCACAAGCCGUCUUUAACACCAUGUGGGCUCGAUGGGAUAUGGAUAAUUGUGCAGGCGGACUUCUGUGGCAGAUAUAUCCAUGGAACGUUGGGUACGAUUAUAAAAAUACAAUCUCCAAUGGCUACCUUUUCCAGAUCGCCGCUAGACUGGCGCGCUUCACAGGGAACUCUACGUACGGGCGUGUUGCGGAAACUGUUUUCGACUGGCUCGUGGACUCAAAGCUAGUGCAAUUGGACAACGUAGCAUUGGUGCUUGAUGGCGCGCAUGUUUAUACGAAUUGCACGGACUUCACCCGGUACGAAUGGACAUACAACUACGGAGUCGUACUCGGUGGAUGUGCCUACAUGUACAAUUUCACCAAUGGCUCACCUGUGUGGGCAAAUCGGCUGAAUAGAGUGCUAAAUGGAGCACUGUUGUUCUUUGAGAAUGGUAUUAUGUAUGAGCGCACAUGCCAGGAUGUUGAUCGCUGCAAUAACGACCAACGGUUUUUUAAAAGUAUAUUCACCAGGAUGCUCGCUCUGACCAGUGUACUGGCGCCACACACCAAAGCGCGCAUCGAGCCCAAUAUCAGGAAAAGCGCUGAAGCGGCAGCCAAGUCAUGCAAUGGUGGGAGUGACGGGCACACCUGCGGCCUGGUGUGGCGAAACUACACUUGGGACGGCAAGGCUGGACUUGGAGAGCAGCUGUGCGCGCUAGAGAUUAUCCAAAACACACUGAUACACACCAAACGGCCUCCGUUGACCGCCAAACAGGGGGCCAAAAGCAAAGGAGACCCGGCGGCCGGUCUCAAUUCGAGCAGGUAUGAUUUGCCCAUCGUUCAUCCGCCCAGCGGACAAAAAUCGUCGAUCCUUACGACCCUCCGCAGCCUUUCUUCUUCUGCUAAAGUACACAGGCACUAUGCGUCGACCUCAACGAGAGUGGUUCAGUAG